AUGGCACAAACAGCUCUUCCUAACCCCAACACUUUAUUGCCACUUGAACUUGUGGAUAAAUGUAUAGGUUCAAGAAUUCACAUCAUUAUGAAAAACGACAAAGAAAUGGUUGGAACAUUACAAGGAUUUGAUGAUUUUGUCAAUAUGUUAUUAGACGAUGUCACGGAAUACGAAUCUACACCAGAAGGAAGGAAAAUAACCAAACUAGAUCAAAUUUUAUUGAAUGGUAACAACAUUGCAAUGCUUGUGCCCGGUGGUGAAAUGCCAGGUGAUUCUUACGAUGCGCAGUAG